CGUAGGUGGCUCAUUGGGUUUUGACACGCAGCCGUGCGCUUUAAUAACUGUAUACAUUUCCAGUGCAUAUUUAUAAAUGAAAAAUUAUACUAUGAAACAGCCUAGACAAUUAAUCAAAAAAUAACGUUUUUUUGUUUGUUUACGGCCGCUUCCAUGGACCUACGGAAUAGAUAUAUAUCGUUCAUUCUGUAAAAUCCAUUCGUGUUUUGACGUUGUGGCGGUUAUAAUACACAUACCGCAAUUAUUCCUAAUAUUUUGGAUUAUCCAUCUUUUAUUUUGACCGCGCUGUGUCUCGUGACGUCAAGAUGCCCCUUCUGUUGACAGCCAAGACCGGAAGUGUCGCCAGCAGCCAUCUGGCUCGCAGCCCUUCGGCCCUAUCUCAGGUCAGCACUAGUCAUUUUGUGUUUUAAAAAAGAAAAAUAUGUCAAGAUCUAAUCGGACCGCAAACGAUACGGAGGUGCGUCCGCGGGAUGCCUUAAACGCGACGCGAGAACGAAGCGGAUGUCGAUGCCAACAUGAGGCUCCUGUCAGACAAGCGAACAGCGAACAGAACGACUUCAGGGGACGGGAAAGAGCGCACGGUCACUCUGUAGCGGAGCCGCAGCCAGAGGCUCCCUUGGUGGACGACUGCGAGAGGCUGGGCACUCUUUUCGGGGAGCUCAAUAAGUGUUUGAGAGGCAUUGGUUUUACUCAGCUUUACUUCGGGGAGAAGAUCGUGGAGCCCGUGGUCGUGCUGGUGUUUUGGAUGCUGCUCUGGUUCCUCGGUAUCCAAGCCCUCGGCCUCGUGGGAACUCUAUGCAUUAUUAUCAUUUACAUCCAGAAAUAGCAGACGUGAAGGUAGACGAGACAGACGGAGGUUCAUUUGCCACCCACAGCCCGUGCCAGUCAAAGAGAGGAGAGACUCCUUUCUACACCAGAUGAGCUUUGUGAAUGUCAUUUGAAAGUUUUACCCGAUCCGUACGUUUGGGUCUGUGUCAGUUGCCUUUUAAUAUGGGUGCGUACAAGAGGGUGAGUUAAUGAAGUUCAUCGGAGGAUUUGCUUUAACUGCUGAAAUGAUUCCUCUGGUCUGUGUGGACUGUGUGUUAGCUGUGAAAGGUACUCGUGAAAAGCAUGCUUCCCUUCGAUAUUUGCAUUGACAACAUGGGUGCAUAAACAGAAUCUAAUGUACAUAUCAGUUAUACGGUCAUUGCCGUUGUCGAAUGUAUUACUCUUAAUCACCCAGGUGUCAGUCUUGCAUUCUCCACACAAUUGCACUAGAGGGCAACCUUCCUCAUUUUCCCCCCAAACAUGGAAACAUACCAGGGAAUAAUAAUCAUUGUGUGUUCAAACUUGAAUGUGUUUAUACUACUGCAUGUGAAUGUUUUGGGGCUGGUGGGAUUAAAAUGCUCUAAUAGUCUGAGCAGACGACGGCACUGUAUCAAAAAUCAAACCUUUUGUGAUGAAAGACCUACAUUAUAUGCUUUAAAUUCGUAUAUUUGGUAUUUUUUUAUUAGUUGAUUUUACUGCAAUCUGCCCGCGUUGUCUGUUCUUUUGAAGAUUCACGUUGCAAUACCAGUAUCAGUGAAAUCAAAGGAUAAUUUCGUAACAGGGAAAUAUUCAGUAUGCAAAUUUUGCUACAGUAGAAUGUGUCAUGACCCGUAUUCAGGAUCAUAAGUAUGAAAAGGCCUGUUUUUAUUGCACUUAAGUGUUUUCUUUAUGAAUGAAUGCAUUUGAAAUCUAUUGAACGAACUCUAACUUUUUAAGCAAGGUUUAAGCUGCUUUUUAUGUAACUGUGAAAAUCGUUGCAAAAUGACAUCACUUCAUAUUCAUGAAAAUUACAUUUGUGAUUAUAUUUGGUACUGAUUUAAAAACUUUAUUUGAUAUGUAAUACUACAAUGAAUAAUUCAUCAUUGCGGAUACAAUGCCAAAACUAUGUUUCUGUUUCUUUUCAGUGUUCAUUAGCAUCUUCUAUGCCAUAAAAUCAUUUUUACCAAAUGAUCUUUUUCUGUACGCAACAAUGCUUUAUUUUGGGUUGGUGGAGGGUUGUUUGAUUGAUUUUAUUUUGAAAGAAUACAUUUUUUUAAUCAUUUUGCAAUGUAUUUGAACUGGGUUAUCAUAAUAAACUAUCAUUGUUUUAAA